AUGCCAUUGGUCAACAAUUUUGUGAUCUUCGAAGGCUUCUUUGCCCAUCAGCAUCGGCCCCCUGCUCCCUCCCUGAGGGCAUCUCGACACUCUCGCGCUGCCAUGGUUGAUCCUACACCCGCUGCUCCAGCAAGAAAGCUGCCACCCAAGAGAGCAGAGGGAGACAUUAAGCCAUAUUCCUCUAGUGACCGAGAAUUUCUGAAGGUAGCUGUGGAGCCUCCGUGGCCCCUAAACAGGGCCCCUCGCCGUGCUACGCCUCCAGCCCAUCCACCCCCCCGCUCCAGCAGCCUGGGAAACUCACCAGAACGGGGUCCCCUCCGCCCCUUUGUGCCAGAGCAGGAGUUGCUGCGUUCCCUACGCCUCUGCCCCCCACACCCUACCGCCCGCCUUCUGCUUGCUACCGACCCUGGGGGCAGCCCAGCCCAACGUCGGCGCACCAGGGGGGCUCCCCCAGGGCUGGUAGCCCAAAGCUGCUGCUACAGCCGCCAUGGGGGGUUGAGUUCCUCAUCCCCCAAUACAGGCAACCAAGAAUCGAAGCAGGGGGAACAGGAAACAGAGAAUAGGUCUGCCAGCGAGGAGCAGGUCUUGUCACAGGCUGGGUCUGGGGAAGAACACAUGCACACAGUUCCUCCCCAGGCCCAGGCCCUACGAGCCCAGGCCUGGACAAUGGGUGGGGACAUAUUCAACGCCAGGUUCAUUCGAAACUUGCAGGACCGUCGCAGCACCAGGCCUUGGUGACCGCAACACCCCCUCACACCUUCAAAGUCAGUAUUCUCACUACAGGAGGUAGCCAAAGCCCGCCGUCAUAGUGGAUGUAUUCAUGCAUUCAUUCAUUAAUUCAACAGGCUUUAUCAAUGCCAAGUCACUUGUAUUUUAUUUUUAACCUGAGUAAUAAAAGUAUUUAUUUUUAUC